AUGCAUUUUCUCGUUCUGGGAGCUUCAGGUGCCAUUGGCCGCCAAUUUUGUGAUCUCGCUCUGAAUGAAGGUCAUGAACUUACGCUUUUCCUCCGAAAUGCCUCAAGGGCUCCGGAGAGCAUCCGCAACAAAGCGACACAAGUAAUUGAAGGUUCACUUGAAGUCGAAUCCGACCUUGACAAUAUUGCAAAAUGCGGCGCAGACAUGUUUGUCUCUUUUGCUGGUCCAGCAGUCGGAGCGAGUGGGACACCUCUUGCAGACGGAUACAAGAUCCUCGUCCCGAAACUUGCCUCGCAGAACAUCAACCGCGUUCUCAUCCUUUGCACGCCAUCUUUUCGAGAUAAGUCGGACAUUGAGACAUUCAAAUGGCGCUGUGGGGGCUGGUUCAUGAAGCUCUUCAGUGCGGGUCAAUAUCAAGAGAUGAUUGCUAUUGGAAAGACUAUUUCUACCUCGAGUGAAGAUAUCCAGUGGGGAUUGUUCCGGGUUGGUGGACUUACUAAUGGUGAAGAGGCGCCGGUUGAGGCGACUCAUCUCGGGAGUGGACUAGAUAAGACUUGGAUCAGUAGAUCUAGUGUUGCAAGAUGGGUAUUUAAUGAGGCUAUUGAGGGAAAAUGGGUGGGAAAGUUGCCUUACAUUUGUAACCAGUAA